GGAGUAAUGUGAAGGCUGGCUGGUCAGGUCAAUGCACAAUGGCUCCCACUGCUUCUGAAACACCCGUUGCGGAGAGCAACCCUGGGGCAGAGUACAGUGACAUGAAUUUUGAUUGCAUGUUCAAGAUAUUGCUGAUUGGAAAUUCUGGAGUAGGCAAAACUUCCUUUUUGUUGCAGUAUUGCGAGGGAAAAUUUAAUCCUGCCUUUGUGAGCACUGUUGGAAUAGAUUUUAAAGUAAAAACUGUUAUUGUGAAGGAUAAAAGGAUAAAGCUUCAAGUUUGGGACACUGCUGGUCAGGAGAGGUAUAAGAUAAUAACGACUCAAUACUAUCGGCAUGCUAUGGGAUUCUUAGUCAUGUACGAUAUAACCAAUGAAACGUCUUUUCUCGACAUCAGAAACUGGCUCAGUCAGAUAACCUACCACAAGGUACAGCAACACAGUUUUGGGAACGCGCAGAUUAUUAUCGUGGCCAACAAGAGUGAUCUAGAGGAUCAGCGCGCAGUGCCAACUCAGCGGGGCAAGGAUCUUGCAAACGAGCUGGGGUAUGAGUUCUUUGAAGCAAGCGCCAAAACAUCGGACAGUGUCCAGUCUACAUUCCACUCUCUCGUGAGCUCAAUAUGUGUACAGAUGGCUGACAGUGUGAACGCGCCGACAGAGCCUACAGACACAGUGCCGUUAGACAAGUCCCAAGCCUCCGAAUCAUCAUGUCUCUGCUGAGUGGCACUGUUUGUGUGUGUGUGCUCCGGCCAGCACCGACAUUAAUAAUUCAAUAGGAAUAACAACUGUCCAUGUCACUCAAUGAUUUGUACUAUGUUGACUAAAUGUUAGACUCUCAGUAGUGUGUUUGGACGUUAAUUGGGACUGGGCUGAUGCAGCUACUAUAGAAAAUCACAACGAGGACUCAAUAUAAACAUAUUAUAUACAAGUUACUAGGCUUACCAGAGUACUGCUUGGUUACUAAGUUUUUUUAUAAUAAUAAUGUUAUGUGUUAUUAUCAGACGAUCCACCUUCUACAAUUAUAUCUUGAGAUUCUGAUUAUGGAAUCUAUGCCUUGCAGUUUUAAUCAUUUUGUGUGGUAUUUCGUUUAAAUCUUAAUCUAAUUCUAAAUAUUAAAUUAUUGCUAUAUUAUAUCAUAAUUCAUAUAUGAUAUUUAAUGUAUGGUGUGUAAUUUAAUUUGUUUUUUCUUUGAUUUAAAAUUAUUAGAUUUAUGCUAUUUUCCUUACGCAGUAUGCAAAUAAUUUCCUUGACACGUCUUGUCAAAUGUUAUAGUUAAUGUUUAAUACGUUUUAUUCUCAGAUAAUUUAUGGAGGUUAUUAACUGAUGUGUCCGUGUGGUAUUUUCACAUAACUUUAAAAAAUACCAUCACCAAAUGUUCUGUAUGGGGAAUAUAAUGAUUUUUCAGAAUAGUAAUUGAAUAAGAGAACGAAUUUUGUACCUCAUCAAAAGUAAAACAAAACAUAACACUACUAAGUCUCGCUCCGAGCUCGGUCCAUAGUCAUAAAAUUCCAUCGUUGCACUUGAGGAGGGCUUUUGCAGAUUAGAUUGACUCGAGUUAAGGUUGCUUCAAAAGGGUACUGUCCUUUAGGCCGACUGGAACAGGACCUUAUUCGUUGUGUAUACACUAUUAUAGACUAGAACCUGAUACCUUUACUUUUAGAUACUACUACUCCUUCUUUAGUUGCAACUGUCAAGCUUUAGCACAGACAUUAUAUUUUCAUCUUUAAAAUUUUCGUGUUCUUCUAAAUUUGAGCACAAAACUGUUUUAAAAGUUAUUACUUUGGGUCCAGGCAAUCGGCUUAAUUUGGGUUACUGUAGGGGUAAAAACUGAACUUAAGGUAUUGCAUAUUUUGGAGCAUGACGUCCUGGAGUUAGUAUAUCACUGAGGUUGGAACUUUGAGGCUGUAGUUUUGGUCAUAGUGCCGGACAUAGUGCCGGACAUAGUGCCGGACGGUUUCAAUCGUUUUGACAGUAGCAUUAUAAUAGUUAAUCGUUGUCAAUGUCCUGUGUGAGUUAGUGUUUCGAUAGACUUAUUAAACUCAGCCUACCUACAAGCUUUAUUAGAAAGCAUUGAGCUAGAAUUAUUAUUUUUGUUUGCCUUGUUUUUUGGGUUCUUGUCGAAAUGUGAAAUUAAUUAUUUCGAAGGUUUUUAAAAAUUUCAGAUGAUAUUGAUAAUCAUUAAAAGACUUCGUUUACAAUUUGCUCGACUAUGCCGAGCUCGUAAAAAACAAUUCCGAAAAAUUGAUAAAAGUCAAUACAAAAUGUUACUUCUUUGUUUUUAAAUAUUAUGAUAAAAUGAUCGAUGAAAUAAUGACAAUAAUUCUAUGACUAUGAGAAUACGACAAAUCAAUUCAACCAGAUAUAAGAUAUAUUAGGAGGUUUUGAUUGUGGUUUUUGAUUGUGAAUGGAAUUGAUUUAAACAAAUUUUGCGAAUGUGUAUUUAAUGUAGUAUAGUGUAUUCUCAUGUUUAAUUUGAAUGAGUUUUAUCUAAUCGAAA